ACUUACGUCAUCCACGCGCCUGGGUGAUCUCACCACAUGCGCCGCUAUGUUUUGAAAAGCCGGGCAGCCAAAGAGCCUCAUUUAAUUUCGUAUGUGCACAGACUUUUAUACAUUUAUUCAACAUGAAUUAAAAGAUGCCAAAGCCUCUGAAGAAAUCCAGCAGCACUCAGCCCUCCAUCAGCAGGUACUUUGGAGGACUGAGCAGCAGCAGUGCAUCCAACACUCAGUGUCCUGCUCAGCACCAGCCUUUAAGAAGCAAGCAGAAACUUUCCCCUGAUGAAGAUGACUUUGGACUGCCAACAAAACGAGCCAAGCUUUCCCCACAACACCAGCAGGUGGAGGAUUUGGACUGUGAGCCCUCUUCAUGUCAUACCGAUAAACACACAAUGCUAAAAUCAAGCCGCGGAGCAGGCGGCCUCUGCUCCUCCACCUUGGAGAAGCUGAAAGGCUUCACCUGUUCGGCCGAUCCCAACGUCGGGCGCAGUGAUCCUCAGUGGGAUGAAAAGAAGACAGAUGGUGCGAGCAGUAAAAUCUGUGAGCACGGAAGCAAUGUUGGGCCUCUUCGGAGCGUUUCAAAUAAACACAGCGAUGAUACAAAACCUCAGGAGGAGCAGGAAGAUGAAGAGGAGGAGGUCGGAGAAAAAGCUGCUACAAAACAGGUAUUUGGCUUCACUCAGUUUGGCAAGUCAGGAGGAAGACGAGGAAGAGGAGGAAGGACUGCAGAGCAGAGUCCUCCGUUAGACUCUAGCGCCCCCUCUAGACGCUCAAAGAGCGUGUACACUCCCCUGGAACAGCAGGUCAUCCAGCUGAAACAGCAGCAUCAGGAUGCGUUGCUGGCUGUGGAGUGUGGUUACAAAUACAGGUUCUUUGGAGAGGAUGCAGAGAUUGCUGCAAAGGAGCUCAAUAUCACCUGUCAUCUGGAUCACAACUUCAUGACGUGCAGCAUCCCCACACACCGUUUGUUUGUCCAUGUCAGACGGUUGGUGUCUCAUGGACACAAGGUUGGCGUGGUUAAGCAGACAGAGACGUCUGCAAUCAAGGCCUCAGGGGCAAAUAAGAACGCUCUGUUCACUCGUCAGCUCAGUGCUCUAUACACCAAGUCCACUUUAGUGGGAGAGGAUGUGAACCCGGUCUGCAGACUGGGGGAUGUGGAAGAGGGGGCCUCUGGUGAUUUGAUGUUGGACCCACCUGACAGCUUCCUGCUUUGUAUCAGUGAGAACUGGGACAAACUAAAGAAGCAGCUCACUGUAGGGAUGGUGGCGGUUCAGCCCAGCACAGGAGACGUAUUACUGGACUGUUUCCCUGAUGGGCCGUCUCGCUCUGAGGUGGAGAGUCGUGUCUUAAAGAUCAACCCUGUGGAGAUUCUGAUCCCUUCUAACCUCUCUGAAGAAACCCUCAGACUCCUGCAAAGCAUCACCAAUGCCAGUGCUCAGGCUGAUGACCGAGUGAGAGUUGAGAAGAGGGACAGCGCUCAGUUUGAGUUUGCCUCUGCAAUGAACACAGUCACAGAGUUUUACUGCCACACCCAGGAGAAAGACUCUCGCUCCCUGUCAACUGUAGCGUCCCUGGAUAGCCCAGUAAUUUGCUGUCUGGGGCCGCUCAUCCAGUACCUCCAAGAAUUUUACUUAGAAAGAGUUCUCAGGAGUGAAAGCUCAUUUCGGCGUCUGUCCUGUGCUUCAGAAGGUAUGAUCCUCAGUGCCGCCACCCUCAGGAACUUGGAAAUCCUCAACAAUCAGACAGAUGGUGGUGUGAAAGGCAGUCUGCUGUGGGUGUUGGAUCACACUCGCACUCCAUUUGGGAGGAGACUGAUGAGGAAGUGGGUGAGCCAGCCACUCACAGACGCACAGUCGAUCUCAGAGAGGCAGGAUGCUGUGCAGGAGAUCCUGGAGUCGCACUCUCUCACUUUAAAUUCCAUCAGAGCUCUGCUGUCACAUCUGCCCGACCUGGAGAGAGGCAUCUGCAGCAUAUACCACAAAAAGUCUUCUACACAGGAGUUUUACCUCAUUAGUAGAAGUGUUUCUCAACUGGGACUUGAACUGCAGGCCUUGCUCCCAGCUAUCCAGUCACAGAUCAGCUCGGCGCUGCUCCGAGGCCUCUUGUUGGAUACGCCUGACCUGCUGGCUCCAGCCCACAGCUUCCUCAAGGUGCUAAAUGAAAAGGCUGCCAAGUCUGGAAAUAAGACUGAGCUGUUCUCAGAUCUGUCCGGCUUCCCGGUGCUGAGGGAAAGGAGAGAGCAGAUCCACGCUGUCGUCAACGAGAUUCAAGAACACCGCAAAGAAAUCCGACAGACACUGAAGGCCCCGGCAUUCGACUACACAGCCGUCUCUGGACAGGAGUUUCUGAUUGAGGUGAAGAACUCACGAUCGUCCAGUGUUCCUCCUGACUGGGUGAAAAUCAGCAGUACUAAGGCAGUCAGCAGGUAUCACUCUCCUUUCCUGGUGGAGCGCUACAGGAAGCUGCUGCAGCUCCGAGAGCAACUGCUGCUGGACAGCCAGAGGGAAUGGACAAAUUUUCUGGAUCAGUUUGGGGAGCACUAUCACACCAUGAAAAGGGCUAUUAGUCACCUAGCAACCAUGGACUGUCUCUUUUCAUUGGCUGAGGUGGCUAAACAAGGGGACUAUUGCAGGCCAGAGGUGUGUGAAAGUCAGCAUCAGAUUAUGAUCAAGGACGGCAGACAUCCUGCCAUCGACUUACUGAUGGGAGAGCACAACCAGUAUGUGCCCAACCUCACCGAACUACAGGGUGAUGGCAGAAGAACUAUGAUAAUCACCGGUCCUAAUAUGGGGGGCAAAAGCUCCUACAUCCGCCAGGUGGCCCUGAUCUGUGUUAUGGCCCAGAUGGGCUCCUACGUCCCAGCCUCUGAGGCCCGUCUGGGCAUGCUGGAUGGCAUUUACACCAGGAUGGGUGCUUCAGACAACAUCUACAAAGGACGCAGUACGUUCAUGGAGGAGCUGACUGAAGCCUCUGAGAUCAUUUCCCGAGCAACCGAACGUUCGUUGGUCAUCCUUGACGAACUGGGACGGGGCACGAGCACCCAUGACGGGAUUGCCAUUGCGUAUGCCACCCUGGAGUACUUCAUCAGAGAUGUGAAAGCCCUCACCCUGUUUGUAACCCAUUACCCUUCUCUGUGUGAGUUGGAGCGGGUGUAUCCUGAACAUGUGUCUAACUACCACAUGGCUUUCCUACUCAAUGAACCUGACAUUGCGAUUGACACUGAUGAUGGAGAGGUUCAGCCAGAGUUCAUCACCUUCCUCUACCAGUUAACUGAAGGAGCUGCAGGGCGAAGCUACGGCCUGAAUGUCGCCCGAUUAGCUGAUAUCCCAGACCCUAUACUACACAUUGCUGCACGCAAAGCCCGGGAGCUGGAGAGUAUGGUCAAUGCCAGGAGAAACAAUAAGAAAUGUCUCUCAGAUCUUUGGAGCAUCUCGGACAGAUCGUCUCUCUUGGAAUGGCUGCAGUCAAACACAACACCGUCAGAACACACGUGAAGCAGAGAAAAAGCAGCUAUUAGUGAAUGAGCAUCAAAGAUAUUUCAGAAAGGACUUAUGAAGUAGAAUGGUUUUUGCUGCUGUUUUUGCUAAUGUGCUAAAUGAGAUUUGAACCAUCUCAGGUUCUGGUUAUCACCAUCAUCAUGUACUGUAAUUGUAACACCAAUUAAUACCAACUGACCAAGAUUUUACCUUCCAGACUAUAUAUGUACAUCAGUGUGUUUGGUGAUUA